AGCCCAGAGCCGAUCUCUGCAUCAUGUCGCUGCGACUCUGUCCGAUCCUGCUCCUAGCUCGACGGCCUCUGGUCCGACUUCCUGUGGCUGCGGCUGCGCUGCGGGCGGUGCCGUACUGCGUUCAUGGAUCGCCGUCGCUGCCUGUCUUGCCGCGCGCUGCGCUAUCCACAUUCGCCGCAACCCAUGCUUCCCGAGUCAGCGUACCAGCCCGCAGCGAGCCGGAAUCUGCAAGCACCGAAGGCCAGGAUGCAUCGCUUUUCGACCAGGUCUUUCCUGUCUCGGACAAACUCAUCCAGCGUGAUCUCAAGCCACUGCGGAAAGAAGUCAUCCGGUCAAGCGUGAAAGCCGAGAAACAGCUGGACGACCCCGUCACCGACGAUGAUCUCGAAAGCUUCUACUCGAUCCUCGCCUUGCCCGUUACCAACAAGCAGCUCAACUACAACCCGGACUCUGUAUCCUACAAGAUAUCCAAUGACUUUGUCAGCCAGACGAUGACCAACUUUAUCGACGCAGAAGAAGCAGCCCGGCAGAAACUGAGCCACGCCCUCGAUCGUGCCAAAGAUGCUGCAGAAGGCGGAGAGGUUACGCUCGAGACAGUCCACGCCCUGAUCCAUGCCAAUGCCAUCACACAGCGUCCUGAGGCCGCCCAGGCCGCCUUUGAUCUUCUUCACAAAUCGGGCAUCCAGCCGGAUCUGAAAGCCCACAACAUGCUGAUGAAUGCCUACAGCACCAACGGCCAGCUGCGCAAGGCGAUCGAGGUGUUCAAGUCCGUAUCGCAGCAGGGCCUCCAGCCCGACCGGGUGAGUUUCGAAACCCUGAUCAAGGCAUGCGUGCGAGCCAAAAACAUCCCUGCGGCCUUCAAGGUCUACGAAGACAUGAAGCGGCGGUCGAUGAUCCCCAGCAUCCGUGCAUAUACCCUCCUGAUCCAGGGAUGUGUCGACGAUAAAGAUAUCAAGCGAGCCUGGUCGACGUUUGCCUUCAUGCGGCGUGAAGUGUGCGAAGCCGACUCCAAGCUGUUUUCUCUGAUGAUUUCGGCAUGCGCCGCCAACGGAGAGGCUGAGCGAGCAAUGAAUCUGUUCAAGGAAAUGAACGACAAGGGGAUUCCAGUGACGGAGGCGUGCUUCACCUCCCUGAUAUUCUCGAUGGGUUCUCGGGCAGACUACUACACCGAAAUCUACGAGAUUUUCGAUCAAAUGGUGCAUUCGGGCAUCGUUCCGACCCUUCGCACCUACUCCGCACUGCUCUCUAGCGCUGCGCUCCACGGAGACGUCAAGCGAGCACGGGCCAUUUGGAACGGCCUGAUUGAGCGAUCCAAACAGGACCCCGUGUGGAUUCCGAACGAGUUCGUAUACAAGUAUAUGUUCUUGGCAUAUGCCAAAGCCAUCAGCACGAGCGCUGCGUCCAGCCGGAUGGAUACUGUCGAUGGCAGCCGAGAACCUAUGGGUGGACCCUUGGCCACAGCGAGUGCGCCAACGAGGGAUCCGGAACACUCCACGCAACCAGAUUCGGUCGACAGCUCUGACUCGGCACCUGAGACCAAAGUCGCCACUGCAUCCGAGCCCAUGAACACCGACAACCACGCCGAUCUGUACAAAGUAGAUGCAGAUGGGUAUCUGCUCCUGACAUCGACAAGAACCGAUCGUGACUGUUUGCUUGCUGAAGCAUCUGCCCUUUGGCAGCAUCUCCUUGGCCUCGACUCCUCCGCUCAGCUGUCACAUGCCGAUACCGAGACGGUGGUUGCCCAUCCACGUAUUAGCAUCACUACAAGUGUCGUCGAUGCCUUUCUGACGACCCAGCAGAGCGCGGCAGUUGAUGUCGACCGCAUGCUGGCCUUUUUCAACACUCAGUAUCGAGCAUUUAAUGUGCCCCAUAGCGGAAAGUCGUACCACAUCAUGCUGAAACGCAUCACAAAGUAUCAGCAGAGCAUGGCCCAGCAUGGAAAGCAGUUCUGGACCCGUUGGAUCGAAUGGGAUAAGACGAUGGAGCAGAGGAUGGCCGAAGCCGAAGGCAACGACAUGAACAAGCAGCAGAAGGAGUCUAUUCGCCGCAUCGAGUCUCGUGACUGCACCAUCGUGCGCAAGAUGUUCAUUCUCUAUAUCAAUGGCCUCAACAGAAUCAACCAGCACUACGAGGCCGUUGAUCUUAUCGAGGAGAUGUAUCGGUUCCGCGACCUGGGGUAUAUCCAGCAGCUGAACCGAAACGAUGUACGUGCGCUUGUUGAAAAGGCCAGGGACAUGUACGACGACGGGUACGACGACCUGCUCCGUCGGCUUGAUGACCUUGUGCCAGCAGAACAGCGCUCGGUCCAGCAAACCGUCCAGGCUGCCCUGCGGUCCAAGUACGUUGGCCAGAAGUGGUGGGGCUGGGCAGCUAUCGGCUCCCAGCCUCCCAAGCGCAGCCCGCGAAAGUACAAGCCCAAGCGCUCCGGCUAACCUGACGACAGACGGGAAACAAUCGCAUGGCUUGCUCACUGGAGCAUAUGGAUCAGCAGACUUGUCCCGCUGAUGCCAGAAAGUGACUGAUUGUAUCAAGGGAAUCGGGACACUCUCCCUAUCCCACAUGUUAUUGUAGCAUGAGAUGGCCUGCGUCCAGCAAAGCCAAAUGCAAUUAAAUCGAUUACUCUCGAGUGACGCACCAGAGACGCUCUCGUGCGCACACCCCGCU